AUGGACCAAGCUGAAGGUUUAAGUAGUCCUGAAGAAGCUCUGCUUCGCUUGGAAGAACGUGUCGCCAUGAUUGAAGGACUUGUCAUGGGAUCAAAGGCUAACUGUGAUGAUGAGAACAGUUUGGUUGAUCCGCUGCUUGAAAUCAUAACUAAACUGAGGUCUCUUACUGCUAGCCGAGAUAAUUAUAAUCAACUUGCCAAACAAUACGAAGAAUAUGGUGACUUUAUUGAUAAACUAGACCAAUUUGAAGGAAACGUUGAGCCAGAUGCCGUUAAAUGGGAACAUAUUUUGGCCCAGGAAGAUAAAUUGAGAGAUAAAGCUACAUUAAUUGAAUCAAUCGUUUCCAAAAAAGAUGUCGUAGAUUCAAAUGCGUUAAAAGAUAUUGAUCCUCUUUUACCUAAAUUGGAAAAAAUAAGAGAGUUACUUAUUCGUCAAGAUGAGCAAGCCAGCAAAUUGAGUGAAGAGACACAAGAUCUCAUACGAAACUAUCAUCAGCUGAUGUUUAGACUAAAGAAUAAAAUGAUUACCUGGGAAAAAAUGUUAGCUGCUAUCGAAAUAAGUGAAAAGUCAAGUAAAAAAGAACCUUCAAUGAUCGAUUUCGACUAA